CUAGGGUUCGUAAGUCCUGACCAGCUCCGCAGAACGUAAAAAUGGCCUGCACCGUCGAUUUUAGGUGCCUCGACGAAGGCUUUGGCGGCAAAACCUACAAGCGGAAGCGCGAGUCUCGAGAAGCAGAAGCCGCCGCCAACCUCGCCACCAGUGACCCCAAAAAUGGUGCCUCAAUGGAAAUCGACGGCAAUGACGCGUGUCCCCCUCCCGCCAAACGCAGCGCCUUACCUUCCUCCGAUGACCCGAACAAGCCAGUUUUUGGCAAACCGACCUACGACGGCGUGAUCGCCGGGAAGGUUUCGGGACGGAAAUGGAAGCAGCCGAAGAAGCAGCGCGCAUCGGCGGUUCAGGUGAGCCGCAAGGGCACGAGCCUCGAGCAGCGUCAAAGGGAGAAGGAGUUGAAGAGAGCUUACAGGGAGAGAAUGAACGAACUGAAGGAGGAGAUUAGGAACAACAAGAUUGAGAAGAGGAAGAAAAGGGAGGAGAGAGAGAAGAAGAAGCAGGAGAAUAUACUGAGGUCUGGCACCAAGCUGCAGAAGAUCAGUAACCCUAAUACCUUGAAGAAGAUCGCUAAGUCCAAGCAGAGGAAGCUCCUUAAAGUUGUCCCUGAUGAGUUGGUCAACAAGAACAACAAGACGAAGACCGACAAGUAGUAUUCCUUUACUUUGUUAUUUGAAUCCUUUUUUAUUUCAGUUUCAACCAUAGAUGUGAUUUUUUUACAUGUUAAGAUUGAGAUUGUUGUGGCUUCUAGUUUAUACAAGCUUUGGGUGUUUGAGAAUGACCUUUUAUGUUCAUUAUAUACUUAUAUACAUCUGUCUGUGUGUGUAUAUAGAUCUCUACAAUGAUCAGUGAAGACCGUGAGAAUUGAGAUUAAAAUAGUCUAUUAGUUUAUGGGAUGAAGUGGAGAAA